UGGUUCUAUAGCCUUUGCCCUUUCUAAAACAAGAGCCGGUGUUUUGGCUUUUAUGAGAGGCUCUCAGGUGCUAUUACCUGUUUCAGGUACUUGCGGAAUUGAUUGAGUGUCCCCUAUAUAAGCCUGGAAAUUGUCCAUGCGCGUCAGGAUAUCAGUCUGUUCUUUCAUCAGAACAAUCAGCUGCUGCAGUCUGCACAUAGCAUGACCAGUCGUGACCAUGCCACGUGCAAUCACACUGGACGCCUUUCUAUCCAGGUUGGCUUCCACUUCGGCUUUGUCGUUGUUCAUGGGGGCAGAUCUCAUGGGGAGAAGGAAAGUGCGUUGCUCCUUAGCCCCAUUGAUCUCCACGACCUCGUGGGAUGACUUCUCUGACAGCGGAAAGUGGGAUCGAUGAACUUUGAUUUCCAGACGAGCAUGUACAGCCAUGGGCCUGAGAAUCGCUGAUGAGACCCUUAUGGUAACAUCGUCGAGAGCAAAACAGACUCGCUCGAGACAGAGUGGGAAGGAUCUACAGAACUUGACGGAGCAGCCAGUCGAGAAUUCGUGCACAGGUAACAAGCGUGUACGGGCACGCCGGGGCACAUUGUGAACUCAUCUGUCGUAACGGGAGCCGAAAGUACGAUAUAUGAUGUCACGUGGGAGGCACGUCGGUUCUCGGAUUGUCAUGCCGUGCUUGCGAGGCAUGAGUCUAAUCUAUCACCUGGCACCCCGUCCCCGCAAUCGUCGUUCCAGAAAUCUCCUGGUACUGGGCAUUGAACGCAAACGACGAGGGCGCAUAUACACCAAACCAUCGUCCGCACGUAUGGGCGAGCUCCAUAGUAUAUGUAAUCGUUGGGCCCAGGCGCCUCAUCCAUGGACUCAGAUGCAAGGAGAUGGCUCGAAGCGAACUUCUUUCCUACAUUAGCCGCACCCCACCGCUUCUGAGUCCGGACUCUCUCUGCCGAAGGCCCACAUAUGCUCCCAUCGUCACGGAAGAGCGGAUCCUGAUCCUUUCGCCGUCGAAUCUAUUUUGGGAUGUUUAGCUGGUUGACUUGCUUGCUUGUCUGCUCCUCCCACCGAUGCAAAUGCAGCAGCAAUACUUUGGACUACGCGGAAAAUCGCUCAAUGGCGCUCUCGUCUGGGCCGUGGUGCUUCCCGCCUAUCUUCUGUUCGGGUACAAUCAAGGCGUUGCGGGUGGACUGCUGGACCUCCCCGAUUGGUUGGCGACGUUCCCGACCAUGGACGAUGUGACCACUACGGGGAGCCAGAAAGCGGCGAACUCGCGUAUCCAGGGUGCCACUGUAGCGGUUUACACGCUCGGCGCGCUUUGCGGCGCUCUAGCGUGCAGCGUCAUUGGCGACAAGCUCGGCCGGCGGCGGACGAUCAUGCUGGGUGCGGUAAUCACCAGCAUUGGCUCAAUCCUGCAGUGCUCUGCCUUUGCAUACGCCCAGCUCGUCGUUGGGCGGUGGAUUUGCGGACUCGGAUUCGGCAUGAUCAGCGCCACCGCUCCCAAUUGGCGAACUGAAUGUAGCCGGGGACACCGUGGAUUCGUUGUCAUGCUCGAGGGACUGUUCAUCUCCGCUGGAUUUGUGAUUCAAGCUUUCCUCAAUGUCGGCAUGUCGCACACGUCCGGUGGUCUGUCCUGGCGCUUCUCAUUGGGGUUCUCGUGUUUCUUUGCGAUCAUUGUUCUGCUAUCAACGCCGUGCUGGCCAGAAUCUCCCCGAUGGCUCGUCAAAGUUGGCCGCAUCGAAGAAGCUAAAUGGGUCAUCGCGGCGUUGGACGAUGUACCGGUCGACAGUCCGUCCGUCAUUGCGGAGAUCCGUGAGAUCGAACUGUCUCUGGAGGAAAACGGUAAAGGCAGCUUUAGCGAUGUCUUCCGUAACGGACCGAAUCGCUUCGCCAACCGGGCCUUCAUUGCCGCAGCGGCGCAAUGCUUCCAACAGAUGUCCGGGAUCAAUGUUUUGGGCUAUUACCAGACCACGAUCUUCAGGACCUUUCUCGGCCUCAGCUCCGACACGGCUCGCAUUCUGUCUGCAACUGUUUUCACAUGGCAGACUCUCUGCGCUCCGAUUGGCGCAUUUACCAUCGAGACCGUGGGUCGCCGCAAACUGAUGAUGUUCGGCGCUGCCGGGAUGGGAAUGUGUAUGGCGGUAGUGGCUGGGUGUACUUCCCACCCGGAUAAUCAUACUGCCGUACAUGCUGGCAUCGCCUUUAUCUAUCUUUUCAGCACGUUCUUCGUGACGGGAUUUCUGGGACUUGCAUUCUUGUACUCGUCCGAAAUCUCGCCUCUUAGCGUCCGCACACACAUGACUGCCCUUUCGACCACUUCCACAUGGCUAUUCAACUUCACCGUCGUCGAAGCGACCCCUACGGGCUUCUUAUCGCUUCGCAACAACUACUUCAUUAUCUAUGCGUGUAUCAACUGGUUCAUCAUCCUACCCACGGUGUAUUUCUUCUUUCCCGAGACGCAGGGCCUAUCUUUGGAGCACGUGGAUAGUAUUUUCCUCGAGAGCCGAAGCAUAUUUGACCCAGUCCGCGUCUCCAAACGCCUGCGCGCGACGAAGGAGGUCGAGCAUGGGCCGGUGGAAGUUGAUGAGAAGGCUUCGGAAGAGAAGACGGAAUUUAAAUGAGGAUCUGUGAAUGUUUGUAGUAUGAUCGUGAUGGAAUAAGUAUGAGAAAUGUUGCCUCGGUUUAGUGCUUCGGUCAUGUGAUCGCGAUGUGCGAUGACUGAGCCACUAAAAGUUUUGACUUCGAUCAUCUGGGUCCUCCGGGCAUCUCUCUCUUCUGAACACUCGCCUCACAUAGAAGAGUGUCGAUCCUCUGUUAUAUACUUCCUUGAUCUUGCUCCACGGCCCAAGAUCUCGAAUGGCAUCAGACACAACGCCCGCUGCCCCCUCGCUCUUCCCCACUAUCGGCUCCAUCGCAGAUCAAACCGAUCUUUUGCAGGAGCGACCCACAACUCCAGAGCACGGUCAGCAGGAAACUGAAGGAAAUGAAGAGAAAGCUGUUGAGGAGAUCGAGUCCCUGUGUAUGAAAUGCCACGAACAGUAGGGCGUCACCAGGAUGAUGCUCACGUCCAUUCCGUACUUUAGGGAGGUCAUUGUCAUGUCCUUCCGGUGCGAGUUCUGCGGCGCUACGAACAACGAAGUGCAGAGCGCCAGUGCGAUUCGGCCUGAGGGGACGAUAUACACUGCGCAUAUUUUGCAACGUGCGGAUCUUGACCGGCAGAUCGUGCGCUCGCCGACGUGCGAGAUCUUUCUUCCCGACUACGAGCUCACGCUGCCGCCUUCUCUCCGCGGCCAGCUCACCACCGUCGAGGGCCUCAUCAGGGACGUCGUAACCGACCUGUCCAUGGACCAGCCCCUGCGGCGGAUCCAGGAUCCUCCCACGUACGACAAGAUCCAGACGUUGGUGGACAAGCUGCAGCUGAUCCUUGGCGACGAGGAGGAGGAGGAGGAGACGGAGGACGGCGAUGACGCGCCUAAAGUGAAAGUGAUCACCUCUGCCGCGCAGAAGACGCAUCUUCCCAUGCCGGCGUUUACGCUCAAGCUCGAUGACCCGGCGGGGAACUCGUGGAUCGAAUUCAUCGGGAGUGUGUCCGAUCCGAAGUGGAACAUGCGCUCGUACCACCGGACUCUGCAGCAGAACAUCGCGCUGGGACUGGUCGCUCCUCCUGAGGAGCAGGAAGGGGCUGACGCCGCGGCGGCGGAGGAGGAGGAAGCUGUGGAGAAGUUCGACGGCGAGAACGAGGAGGUGUACAUCUUCCAGGGCGUGUGCUCGAGCUGUGGGCAUCCUUUGGACACGCUCAUGAAGAAGGUGGCUAUUCCGUAUUUCAAGGAUAUCUUGAUCAUGUCCACGAACUGUGAUCGUUGCGGCUAUCGAGAUAACGAGGUCAAGUCUGGGUCCGCCAUCUCAGAGCAAGGGAAACGGAUCAUCCUCAAGAUCGAGGACCGGGAGGAUCUCUCGCGCGAUAUUCUCAAGAGUGAGACUGCCGGGAUGGAGAUUCCCGAGAUCGAUCUGGUCCUGCAGGAAGGGACACUCGGAGGGCGUUUCACGACGCUGGAGGGUAUCCUGGAGCAAGUCUACGAGGAACUCUCCGAAAAGGCUCUGGUCGGGGACUCUGCGCAAGACUCGGAUCGCGUAGCGUUCGAGGCGUUCCUCGGCAAGCUCAAAGAUGUGAAAGAGGCCAAGCAGCCGUUUACGCUCAUCUUGGACGACCCGCUGGCCAACUCUUACGUGCAGAAUCUGUAUGCGCCGGAUCCCGACCCGAACAUUGUUGUGGAGCUAUAUGAUCGCACGUUUGAGCAGAAUGAACACCUGGGCUUGAACGACAUCAAGGUCGAAGGGUACGAGGAGGAGGACAAGGACGAACAAAAGGCCGAGCCAUAGAAAGUGCUCUAGUGACAUGUAACGAUUAGAUGUAUUCCUAGUAGCAGUGCCAGCAGGGUUAGGCAAUUAUACAUUAUCCGUGCCGUCACUGCCAA